AUGAACUUUGGAUUUGUGCCGCUGAUCACCGUCUUCACAAAGUUAUUCUUGGCCAAGCACGAGCCCUUGCAAUCUUCCUCAUCGCCUCGAGUUUCCAAUCUUCUGGAAUGGCUACGCGGAUCAAGAAUGCAAUAUACUACCUUGAUGUUGGAAAAGACAAGGGUUCCUGACGGAAAUUAUGACCAAACUUCGAGAAUAUCUCAGGAAACGACGUCAACCGAGAACCUAAACUUGAUCAACCCACUUAGCCUUUAUGAUGAGAGGCGGUACAAUACAUGUUUCCAGAAUCCUUGGAAUGAAUGGUUUGCCUCUGUUGAGCUCCGGAAAACAAUUCUGCAAGACGUAGAGCGCACUUUCCCCGAUAUUCCUUUUUUCCGUGAUCCUCAAGUUCAAGAGAGUCUCACAAAUGUCCUCUUUAUCUAUUCGGUGAUGCACCCUGAUACCGGAUAUCGACAAGGAAUGCAUGAGCUCCUAGCGCCUUUAUUUUAUGCCAUCAGCUUUGAUUCAAUCCCACAGGAGGGAGAUACAGUCGCCGCUUCCGCCAUUGUCCGAGAGCUUUGUUCCGAAAGCUGGAUUGCUGCGGAUGCGUGGACCUUGUUUGAAGCCGUAAUGCAAGGUGUUUCUCGGUGGUAUGAAUGGCAUGAACCACCAAUGCAUACAGAAAGCAGCCCCCGAACCAAUUCGCAGGUUUCGGGUUCAUACCACAUCACAGGUGGCCAAAACGGCAUGCAACCUUAUAUCGCCCCAAUUGUACAGACUUGCAAUUACAUCCAAUCUACUUUGCUCAAAGCCAGUGAUCCAAUGCUAUGGAAGCAUAUACACGGCGCUGGUAUUGAACCCCAAAUAUAUGGCAUCCGGUGGUUGAGGCUACUUUUUACACGCGAGUUCUCCAUGCCGGAUGCCAUGAUGCUAUGGGAUGGGCUUUUCGCCACUGAUCCGACGAUGGCACUAUCUCAGUGGGUCUGCGUAGCCAUGCUGAUACGAAUUCGGAAUGAACUGAUUCCUGGGGAUUAUAGUGCCCAGUUAACAGCCUUGCUGCAUUAUCCCCCUCUUCCCGAAAGCAAGCUGGAUGGGGCGCCCAAUCACGCCUGCCUUCUGCUUCAGCAAGCGUUGUCUCUUCAAAUGGCCCCGACUCCGUCCACAGGGGCAUCCCUGAUGAUGGAAAAUCGCACCUUGUUGAAUAUUCCUUUAGAACUGCCUACCUCCACGUUUCAGCAAAGCACUCGAAGGCAAGCAGACAAGUCGUACCCAAGCUCUUCUUCGAAUGUUCGCUCUGGCGUGGAAUCAGAUCACGUUCCUUAUCAUACUCGACACACAUCUUCCCCGUCAUUGGGAAUCCCUGAAAUGAUUGCGAGGGGUCUUAUAGAGCGCGGGGAGAGUCUGGGGAUCAACAAGACCUUGAUGAGUGCUGUUUCCGAGAUACGUCGGAAUAUACCGGACUUGUCUACUUCGUUGAGCAGACCGCCGAAUCAAUCGGCUUCCUUCCCGUUAGAAGAAGACCGUCCUGCUGAACGUUCAACUUGGGAUACACGGUCCCGUUUCGAGACGGAAAGGGGUUUUACCCAGUUACAAGCAAGGGAUCGGAGACUCGGGGAGUCUCUGGGGUGGAUUGUUGAUGCGCUUUUACAGGAUGAAAGCGAAGCCCGUGAUGUAGAGCAGCUAAAAAGACAGAAACGCGAGGCCUUGGAGACCCUGUCUUACGUCCGAGACGUUCUAACAAACAAUAUCGUAUCGCUGGAUCCUGACAUGCUGGUUGGAGAAGAGGAAGCACUGAAGAGGCGACAAAGACGAAAGCAGGACGAGGACUUGAGGUCACAGAGUUCCGAAUCUGGCGCUGUCGUCUCCGUGCCCGUGCCCGUUCAGUCCGUUGCCACGGCGCCCAUCCCCAACCUCCACAAGCCUCAGACGCGUUCAUAUAGCUGA